UAGAAAGCCUCAGAAAGAAUCAUGCUUAAGUGUAGAAGGCAGAACCCUAGACUAGCGGAACCUUAAGAGCUGGGCUGAGGCGGAACGGAGUCUGAACGGAAAGCAAACUUCCUAGACUUCCCCAGGUUUAAGACUUCCGCCCCGCAGAGAAUUUGUCUCCACCCCCACCCAGCACUUCCGCCCAACUCUAGUCCUGCGCAGUCUCCUGAAUUAUUUGCCGUCUCUAUGGCAACCCGGUAGCUGGAGAUUGAAGAUGGAGACCGCGCAGUCUACCAAGGGAUCGAGAUGUCGAUCUUUAGAUGUACAGCCUGGCACUGAAGGACUAGGGUCCACUUCAGAACCAUUUUCUUCGGAUGGCCAUCCUAUAACGGCCCUGGCAGCCGCAACUACAGCAGCUGCGGCCUCCUCCACCGACAAAGCGACUGUGUUAUCCGCAAAGACCCCAGCGUGCCACUCUGAGCCGAACCUUCUCAUGAACCACUCCUCUGACAGUCUUCUGGGGGAUCCCUGCACUGGAGCCAGCUUUACCCACAGCAUUGGCCAUGGGAAACUUGGCAUUGAGCCUAUCUAUGUUUCCCAUAUUGCUCAGGAUCCCUGUACUACAAAAGACCUUAGCUCUAGUCCUGGCCCUAUUCUUGGCUCCAGUUCUGGUUCCUGCCAUGGCUCUGGUCAAGACACUGGUCCUGAUUCUGGCCCUGGUCCUGCUACUGACGCUGGGCCUAGUCCAGGCUGUGGCCAUGACCGUGAGCCCAGCCCCUACAAUCUUACAAGUUUCAGAACCCCCCAAGCAGAUCUGGUCCCUAAUUAUGCCUCCUGGAAUCACUACUGCCACUGGGAACCGCGGAAACAACCCUGGAAAUUUUUGCAAGUCUCAGAACCUGGUGCCCGAGGGCAUUGGAAGACCCCUGAGGUUGAAGGGAAGUGUAAGGUUCCCAAUGAAACAUUGCCACGGGGCCACAGCCUUCUCUACAACUGGGAGGAGGAGAGAGCCACCAACCACCUGGAUCAAGUCCCAAGCAUGCAGGAUGGCUCUGAGAGUUUCUUCUUCCGACAUGGACACCAGGGACUGCUGACCCUGCAGCUACAGUCACCCAUGUCCUUCAGCACCACUCAGAAAGACUCAUACCAGCCCCCACGAAACUGCUAUCAGCCAACUCGAGGAAAGCGUGAAGCCAUGCUGGAGAUGCUCCUGCGCCACCAGAUCUGUAAAGAGGUGCAGGCAGAGCAGGAAGCCACAAGGAAGCAGUUUGAGGUCGAGUCUGUGACACACCAUGACUACCGAAAGGAGCUGGUGCAAGCCGGGCCUCCUGCCCCAACCAAGCCUCACGACUACCGUCGGGAGCAACCUGAAACCUUCUGGAUACAGAGGGCACCACAGCUACCGGUGUGUGAGGGUGUCAGGUGUCGGGGAAAACAAGGAGGGGGAAGAGGCUGUUCUGUUCUGGCUUGGUGCAGAGCGGGAUCUGUCCUCAUUCUGGCCUUCCUCCAGGGUGUCAGUAGCAUCAAGACUCUGGACACGCCAUUCCGGAAGAACUGCAGCUUCUCAACACCAGUGCCUCUGUCUCUGGGGCAGCCUUUGCCCUAUGAACCUGAGAAUUAUUCCCACCAACUGGGAGAAAUAUCUUCCCUUGUCUGUCAGGGAGGAGGACAGGGAGGUGGAAUGGGUGGAACUACUAUCUAAGGGUUGAGGAGGGAAGAGGGAUAUGGACUAUGGAAUCGAUUUCUGUCUGUACUGGAGAGGUGGAAAGGAAGUGAAUUCUGUCUACUUGGUGAAGAGGCUUCACAUAAAGGGUUCUCUCUCAUCCUGA